GUAAACAGAGGCACCCGGCCGCACACCUAUGCGGAGCCCCGCCUUCGCCCUCCCGGCCGGCGCAGGAAUGGCCGGCUUCCAGCUGCCGCCGCUUCUGCUGCUGGCUCUGGGGCUGCUGCUGAAACCCGCCGGAGAUGCCUCCGCCAGCACGACAGCUGUUACAAGUUCUUCGAUGACCUUGGAGAGUGGGACAGAGAGCACAACUCUCAAAAAUCUCAGUGCUUCUCCCUCCAGCCACAGCCCCCUGACUUCAGAGACAGGCUCCAGCAUCUCCCCCAGCACAGCUACUUCAGAGACAGGCUCCAGCAUCUCCCCCAGCACAGCUACUUCAGAGACAGACUCCAGCAUCCCCCCCAGCACAGCUACUUCAGAGACAGGCUCCAGCAUCUCCCCCAGCACAGCUACUUCAGAGACAGGCUCCAGCAUCUCCCCCAGCACAGCUACUUCAGAGACAGGCUCCAGCAUCUCCCCCAGCACAGCUACUUCAGAGACAGACUCCAGCAUCCCCCCCAGCACAGCUACUUCAGAGACAGGCUCCACAACCCCUAAUGGCCCUUCAAAUUCAGAGACAACCCCCACCAUCCAGUCCAGCCCCAGCUCCACAAGUCCAGGGUUGGUACCCACCUCCCCACAACCAGAGACAAUUACUCACCCCAGCUCUGGCUCCCCUAGUUCAGAGCUCAUCCUCACCUCCCACUCCAGCACCCUGAGCCCCACUUCCCCCACCUCGGGAGCGGAGCCCUCCUCCAUGCCAUCGGCUGCCACUUUCAGCACCUCUGUGGCCUCUGGCCCUGCUCCGGGUGACACUGGGGCCCCCAAGUUGCACAGGAACCCGGGCGUGGUGGUGGCCGUUUGUCUGCUGGUGUCCGUUUUGCUCAUCGGGUCUGUGGUGAUGGCCGUGAGGUGCAGCCACCGGGGUGUGUCUGAGUUCCAGAAGCUGGAGAACAUGUCCAUGGGCGCCGUGAGCCGCACGUCAUCCUUUACCCGUCACCCACCGGAGUGACCCCGACUGGGCUGAGAGGGGGGCUGGGUGCCUGGGGAGGGUCGAGGCUUGUGGGAAUAAAGCCCUUCUGUUCCUCGGCGGCCUCCUGA